AUGUCGAGUAAAGCAUGUAAAUGUGGUGGAACAGAGAUCGAUACGGAUCGAGCGCGCGGUCUUAGUGUAUGUAUGCAAUGUGGUGAAGUUAUUGAAGAUACAAUUAUUAUUAAUGAAGCUGAAUUAACUGAAACAAGUGGUGGUGGUAUACAAGUUGUUGGACAAUGGUUAUCAAAUGAUGAUGUUCGUGGUGCAAGUGCUGGUGGUAUGAUGGGUUUUAAUAUUCGAGAAUCAAGACAAAUAACAUUACAUAAAGCUCGUCGCGGUAUAACAGAUAUUGCCAGUAAUAUGCGUAUGAAUCAUCAUUGUAUUGAUGCAGCAUUUAAAAUUUAUAAAAUGGCACUUGAUCACGGAUUAUCUCGUGGAAAUAAAUCUAGUCAUUUACUUGCUGCUUGUUUGUACAUUAUUUGUCGAACAGAAGGUACUCAACAUAUUUUACUUGAUUUUUGUGAUCAUGUUGAUGCUGAUAUAAGUGUAUUAGCACGAAUUUAUUUACGAUUAGCACGUGAAUUAUGUAUUAAUGUUCCACAUACAGAUCCAUCAUUACUUAUACCACGUUAUGCAGCUAAACUUGAUUUUGGUGAUCGUACAAAUGCUGUUUCUAAUACAGCUUUACGUAUUGUUCAACGUAUGAAACGUGAUUGGCUUAAUAUUGGUCGUCGUUCAUCAGGUCUUUGUGGUUCAGCAUUAUUAUUUGCUGCACGUAUGCAUAAUUUUAAUCGUACAAUUCAACAAAUAGUUGAUGUUGUUAAAAUAUCAAAAGCAACAAUAAUAAGACGUUUACAAGAAUUUGAAACAACACCAACAGCACAAUUAAAUAUGAAAGAAUUUGACACAAUUGAACUUGAAGAAGAACAAGAUCCACCAGCUUUUUCAAAAGCUAAACGUAUGACAAAACUUGCACAAUAUGAAGAAUCAUUUAAUAUUGAACAAAUUGAACGUGAAAUACUUGACACACAAAAACAAAUUGAUGAUCAAUUAGAAAAAUUAUCUAAACCACGUGGUCAAUUAGCUAAAUAUGCAAAAUAUGUUGAUUUAGAAAAAAAUGUUUUAGGUACGGAAGAAGAUGAUUUAAUUCAAAAAGUUUUAACAAAUAAAAAAUCAAAACGAAAACAAUCAAUCGAUGAAGAUGAUGAAAUUUCAUCAACAAUGAUAACAACUGAAACGGAACCAGCACCAAUCGAUGAGAAUGAUAUGAAAUGGGCUGCAAAUUAUAUUGAAGAACAACAAACACAAUUAAUUCUUUCAUUAUUCGAUAAUGAUGGUAAUCAAUUAACGAAUAAUAAUAAUAAUGAUGAUGAUGAUGAACAACAAAAUAAAGAAGAUGAUUUUAAAUCUCUUCGACCAUCUUUAACAACUAUGGGCAUUGAACCAGUAACAUCAUCUUUAAAUUAUUCAAAAGAUAAUAUUAAUUCUACAACAUCAAGUAUAACUUAUCAUCAUCAAGUUGUACUUGAUUUUCCUGAAUGGCAUCCAUCAAUUGAUUUAUCGAAUGAAGAACUUGAUUUAACUGGUAUUGAUGAUAAUGAAAUUGAAGAAAUGAUUUUAACACGUGAUGAAACAAAACUUAAACUUAAAUCUUGGCUACGUGAAAAUAAAGAUUGGUUCUUAGAAGAAAAACGACGUCAACGUAAUAAAGAAGCUGCUGAACAAAAGAAAACUGGUUCAAAUAGUAUGACAGCAGCACAACGACGUAAACGUAAGAAGAAAGCAGCAACAAUGGCAUUGAAUGAAUUAAAUAAAUCAACAAAUACUACUAAUACUCAUCAUCAAUUAGCUGGUUUUAAUUCAUUGACACCAGCUGGUUUAGCUGCUGCAGCUCAUUCAGCACUUGAAGCAGAAAAAAAUUCACAAGAUAAACGUAUAUCAAGUAAAAUUAAUUAUGAUGUAUUAAAGAGAUUGACAAUGAAAAAAGAUGGAACAGGACAAACGUCAUCAUCACCAGCAAUGGCAAAUACCAAUGAAGCUGAAAGAACUACUUAA